AUGGCUACUACAACUAGAGCAAAACACCGUCAACUUGAAGAACAACAAAGUAAUUUAUCAACUGAUGAUGAGAAAUAUAGCGAAGAUCAAUCUUUAGAUUAUGUUUCUGAUAAUGAUAUUUUUACUGAUGUCUAUAAUAAAGAAAGUAGUAGUGAUAAUGAAGAAGAUAAUUUACAAGAAAUUAGUCAAAUUAGUGAUCAUGGGAAUAAUCAAGAAUUUAAUCGAAAUGUAUCUCCUAAGCUUUUAAUACCAGCAAAAAGAAAAAAACCAAUUAGAAUUUCAACUAAACCAAAAUCAUCAUUUGUUUGGAAUUUUUUUUCUCAACCUCGUGAUGGAAAAGUCUAUUGUCAAAUAGCUAAUUGUAAAGCAGUUCUUGACGAAUUAAAAAAGACUCCAACAUCACAAAAUCAAUUAACAUUAACUCAAAUUUUAGAAACUACUAAACCACAUACUAAAGCGCAAACACAAAAAUUAAAUAAUAGCCUUCUUAGAUUUAUAAUUAAUAAUGUUCAACCACUUGCUAUCGUUGAAGACAAAGAUUUUAUUAGAUAUUCUUAUGAUUUAGAUCUUAAAUAUAGGCUUCCUU